CGAGCGGUUUCGAAGUCAACGUUGUAUGAAACACAAACCGAAAUGGUCAUGUUUACGUUUAUGCAGUAUUAACAGCUGGAAAUAAAUUCCGCGUUCUUGAGUCAUCUAAGCGUGUCUCUGCCAGUAAUUAAGGUUAUGUUUAAGUUUAUUUAGUCACUGAAUUGUAAAUAUUUUGAGAUAACCCAAACAACCAAUAAAGGGAAAUAAGAGCAAACAAUGGUGAAGCGUGCCAAAAUGUCUGCUUUUUGCCAUGUUGGGGGAAACAAUGCGGAUUUUCCAUCUAUUUUCUCUGUCUCUCAAAUGUCGCUGAAUGGUCUCAUUUAAAUUAGACGAAAUAUUGCCUAAAUAUACGCCGAAUUGUCUAAUUUUCGCCUAAAUAUAGGACUUAACUCCUAUUGUAGAAUUACUUGGAAAAGUUUCUGAAAUGUCUAGUCGGUUAUUGACAGGCGGAGAAUGCCCUCAGGGUGUUUUGGAUGUUGUUGAAGGUGCUAUUGGUUAUCUUGCCUUAUCAGUUGGAUAUACAUCUAUUGAGUACGCCGCGUUGAGAGUACUUUCAAAUCUUUUCUUUUCUUUUACAGAAGACUUAGCUGUUUCCUCACUAAUGAAUGCUGAAAGCAGUGGGAGAACUUCAAUUCUUUUGAGCGAUAUUGUACUUGGGUUAAUAGAUUUGGGAUUUGAUGUCUCAGGUCUUAAUGAAAUUCCCCGUAAACGCAUGUACAGAGGAUGUAAAGAACCUACCAGCAUCGGAAGUUCUCCGAAGAAAGGUGUGGUAUGUGCUGCAGUUUUGGGCCCAGGAGGAACAACAAUUAUUCCUCGACCCUUGUCAUUGCGUCCUAAUUGGUCGGCAAAUCCACGUUUUGGUGGGAUGGGAUCCACAUCCUUGUUAAAUACGGGUGUAGGUCAAGGUAUUUCAGAUCAGCUAUCAUACUGUUUGCCACCUCCUGCUCCUGCACAUUUACAACUUCCUAUAUUGCCGGAACCGCACACGUUCCUAAAUACACGUGUUAAACGAGCACCGAUUGCUUCUGACCCGUCUUCAUUACGCCGUCGUGUAGUUGAACAACGUCGUAAAGUUCAAGAGUCAUUAAUUCGAUUUUUGGGCCGUGUUCAGCCUGUCCAAUACCUAUUUCCCGGUGAUGCUGAAUCGUUCAUGUUGAUCACUCCAAAAGAAUCACCUCGUCCAUAUCUAUCAGCUUUACUUGCUAGUGUAACCAACGACUGUGAUAUGAAAAUGUCAAUAACAGACAACAAAGAUGACCAAAAUAUUGUGAAAUCUAAGUCAAACGUUUUUGUAAAUAGUAAUUUUAACCAAUCUUCUGAAACAAAAAAUCCAUUUUUAUUAAAACCAAAAUUUCCUGAAUACUGACUAACAUGUGAUUAGAUAUACACUUUGUACAUAUUCUUUUAAUAUUUUUAGAUAAGCCUGCAUAAUAAAUUCUUUAUAAUUUUC